ACUAAAAUGCGGGUUGAGUUGGACAAUAGGCCUGUUUUCUAAUGGUCUUGAACCCAGUGGUCAAGAGUGAGUGAUUCAAUCACAUUUUGCCUGUUCAUAUCUUAUCCCGGUGAGUACCUAUGUUGCCCAUUCGUUUAUUCCUUGGACUUGAACUCUAUGCAUGGUUAGUUUUGGUUGGUGAGUAGUCAUGUCGAGACGUGUAUUGAUUUGUGAAUAGGGUUAGAACUUUUCGUUUGCACGUUCUUAAUGGAAUCGAAUGUCGUUUGUGGUGGAUGUUGGCAUUGCUUGUAAUGGUUCAUGUGUUGAUGCCCAAUAGCCAUUGAGAUUCACUCUCUUUGAGCCCUUUGAUAUGUCCCCAAGUUAUCUUGUUAGGUUGAGAUAUUACCUUGUUGGGAAUUGGUUUGCUUGGGGACAAGCAAACGUCUAAGUGUGGGGGAGUGAUUCGGGCCUAAUUGUACACUUUUUACCCCCAUUUUCCCCAGAUGUUUGAGGCACUUUUACUCCGUGAGAUUCGGUUUUAUGCUAGGUUGUGGUUGUUUCUAGUAUGUUUGAGAUCCUAGCAUGUGCAAUCAACUCAUGCAACAUAAGUUGGAUGAAAAGGGAAAAAAAACCGAUCAAAAGGGAGCAAACAAAAACAAUUCAUUGUGGAGGCUAGUAGAUCACGGUCAGCUAGACCGUGAAGAAGGGGUGCAGACCGUGAAUCAUGGAGUCUAGUGGGUUUUGCAUGCCUUGUGGGCGUUCAUCAUUUCACGGUCAUCCGACCGUGAAGUGCCUAAGUGAAACGACGCAUUUUUGCUUGACAUCAUGGUCCAAGCCCAAUGUUCAAGGGCGUGAACUUGGACCGUGAAAUGCCGUUGAUAUGGGUAUAUAAGUAGGGUUGAGCUUAAAGAGAAGAGGAGAGAACCUAGUUUGAGAGAAUUAUUCUUAUUUAGAUUUCUAGAGUGAGAAAGUGACGAACAAGAGAAGGAGGAGAAGUUAGGGUUUCAUCCAAGAGCAAAGUUUUGGAAAAUUUUUCCUCCAAGGUUGAUCUCCACACCACAAGGAAGAAGGCAAACAUCCUCAAGAUGGGUUUCUCUCUUCUCCUUAGUGUAUUCCCUCUACUUAGCAUGGAGUAGUCCUUUCUUUCACUUGGGUGUUUGUGAACCCUAGCUAUAAUUAUGUGAAUGUUUGUAUGGAUUGAAUGACUUGUGUAUGGUUGUGUUUUAAUAUGAGUUAUGAGGUAUUUUCAUGAAGGUUGAGUUGUGUUUAUGCAUUUCCUAACUCUUAUGCCAUUUUGACCUAGGUAGAGGGAAAUCCCCUUCUUGCUAAGAGUCAUGUAAAAGCUGGAAUUCCUUGGUCAAAUUGCGUCACCUACUUAGGUUAAAUUAGGGCAAACCUCUUAAUACGUAUCAACACCUUGGGUAGGUUGUGUUUUGGCCGUCCGGACUAUGGUUUGAGGAAGAAGCCCAAGCAACCCUUAGUCGAUUGGCCAAGAGAGCUGCCUUGGUAGCUUGAUUCUAAAUCUCUUGACCUAGUGACUGAGAGAGUGACGUUUGCUCACUUGUUGCGCUUCCCUACGGUUUACAAUCGCCUUUAUCACACAUUUGCAUUCUAUCCGAGAAGUCAUGAUUACUAGCUAGGGGGAGCAACACCUAGGUGAAGACUUCUCAAUUAGUCUUCAAAUCAUUUGCUUUUCCAAUCUCUUUAGCUUUAAACCAUAGUUUUAACCAAAAACAUUUGCUAGAUAAUGUUUCAAACAAUCAAAGUAGGAGUACAUGGACCGGCCCGCUUUGACUUUUAAAACAUACGUGUCCUAUAUUGCACCCGGUUAAGGUUAAUACUUGGCCCUUAAUCGGGAUUUUUAUUGUGAUAUUCGGGACGAGUCAAUUGCCGCCCAACUUCUUCCUUCCCGCUCCAAAAGAUCGCCCAAUUUUCAUUUGGAUUGAUCUAUAUUGCCACCUAAUUUUCAUUUGGGUUAAUCUAUAUUGCCGCCCAAAAAAGUUGGGAUAGGAAAAAAUGUUUUUCUUCUUAGCUUUUAGAGUGGUGUUUUGUUUUUCCGAAUGUAUGGUUUGUUUAUAGUAUCUAUUGGUUGCAAAUGUUGAUAUCACCAUUACUAUUAGCUAGUGUACUUUACCACUUACAAUUAACAACAUGACAAGUUUGCAAAUCAUACAAGUUUAUUCAACAUUUUGACUAGUUCUUGAUUACAAAUAUAAGUAUAUAUACGAGUUAGAAAGAAAUUGGUUAAAAUUGUGAAAAUAUUUUAAAUUAGUGUAAAAAAAUGUUUAAGUUGGUAGCGAGUAAGAAGUAAAUAACUCGAUGUGCUGAUCCGAACAAACCGCAACCCGAUCCGUCCGCAACCCACCCGACCCGAAACUCGACGAACCUAUAAUUCGAUUUGCCCGCAACCCGAUGAAUCAACAACCCGACUAACCUGCAACCCUUUUGAACUCUAUUAAACCCAAAUCUAAUAAACCCGCAACCCGAUGAACCCAGAACGAAACCGCCGAUUCACACCUUGGGCUCGAAUAGUAAGCGGAGCUACUUUUUUUCUCCUCUCACGCGGUCCCGCUUUACUGUAUCGCUCUGUCCUCUCAGAUCCGAACAAAUCCUCCGGCGGAAAGGCUCUGAUAACAAUUCUCGUACAACUCUCCAGAUUACUCCGGCAAAUGAGGAUUCUGCAGAUUGGGUUCUUGGUCGCUUUGGCAUCUGGACUUUCUGCUAUUCUCAUCUACAUUAACGGCGUCACCAAUUUCGUUGGGAUCCAGAGACUGUCUAGUGAAGAAGUGGAAGCGUUGCAAUCUCUGCAAGCAAGUUUCAAGAAGUGCGUGAGUGCUAAUGGACUAGGUCUUCAAGCUUUCCCCGGGAACGAUUACUGCAUGGUCACCAUUAAUUUCCCAAGCAACACUGACUCUAAAUGGAAGGACCCUAAAACUGGAGAACCCGAAGGUUUGUCCUUUGAGUUCGAUCUAUGUGAAGCAGUGGCAACUUGGGAGCAGGUUAGGAACAGUACUACCAUACUUACAAAGCAUUUCAUAGAUGCUCUCCCAAAUGGAUGGGAGGACUAUGCAUGGCGCCGGAUCAAUAAAGGAAUUCAGCUCAAUCGAUGUCAGAAUAAGACUUUAUGUAUGGAGAAGCUCAGAUUGGUGUUACCUGAAACACCGCCUUAUGUUCCCAAAGAGUUUGGCCGUUGUGCUGUUAUUGGUAAUUCAGGAGAUCUUUUGAAAACAAGGUUUGGGAAAGAAAUUGAUGGUUACGAUGUUGUCAUCAGAGAAAAUGGUGCUCCGAUUCAGAACUAUACUGAAUAUGUGGGUAGGAAAAGUACCUUCCGCCUACUUAACAGGGGAUCCGCUAAGGCUCUUGAUAAAGUUGCGGAGUUGGAUGAGUCGAGGAAGGAAGUCUUGAUCGUCAAAACAACAAUACAUGACAUUAUGAACCAGAUGAUUAAGGAAGUUCCAAUAAGAAAUGCUGUCUACCUUAUGUUAGGUGCAUCUUUUGGAUCAGCAGCAAAAGGAACUGGGCUGAAAGCCCUUGAAUUUGCUCUAUCUAUGUGUGAGUCGGUGGACAUGUAUGGAUUUACUGUCGACCCAGGAUACAAAGAAUGGACUAGAUAUUUCUCAGAAUCUCGGAAGGGCCACACUCCUCUCCAUGGGAGGGCUUACUACCAAAUGAUGGAGUGUCUUGGUCUUAUCAAGAUUCAUUCUCCCAUGCGAGCUGAUCCCAACCGUGUCCUGAAAUGGGUUCCAAGCCAGAGUACUAUUAUUGCGGCUAGAACUGCAUCAGAGAAACUACUGAGGAGGGUUGGAGCAGGCUCUAUAGACCCACUGAGAGCAUGUGAAAUAAAGAAACAGGUUAGGAGGCGGCCAUCAGCUGUUCCUAGUCCGAGAAAAGCUGCUAUUGAUCAUCAGAAGUUCGUAAAAGGCACAACAUUGUACCCUUUGGAGCACAAUCCUGGACAUGGUAUGCUCUGUACAGUCCCUAUGGGCUGAAAUUUCAAAACGCAUACCAGGCAUCUUUGCACGGAACCAGCUCACUGAAGUUGCCAAGUUAUUCUUUGAUUAAUUCACGAUGUUAUGAAUGUCAAGCGCAGAAGCAAACUCAUUUGAUCUUACGGUUUUCUAAUUGCUGGAGAGAUUGAAAUAGGCGGAUGUAGGUAGGUGGAGAUUAAAUCAACGUAGUAGUAUCGACCAUAGAACCUUGCCAGCUGCAGACGUGAACACAAAUAGGUCUUUUUAUGUGCAGGAGGCAGCUAAAACACGACCUUCGUCAUCGUUUGUAUUCAUCUCUACUGUUUCUGUACAAGUGAAAGACCCUAUUCAUAGCGUUAACCCUCCGUUGCUCAGCUUGCUAGCUAACCUUGAAGUGGCAAUUUCCAAUCCACCAAUCCAAUCUACUUCCUUAAAUUUCAACUAAUGCAAUACAUUUAAAUCCAAUCAAUUGCCAGGUUUCUCAUAAAAAAAAUAAAUCCAAUCAAUUGGAAUUGGUUUGGUGGAUUCAUAGAUUAUUGAUACGUUACAGUUUAAUAUCUAUAUUUUAUAUUUUGAUACCUAAAAUUUACUUUUAGGGGAAAAUAUUAUUGAAUUAUUUUUUUAUGGUUAACCAAAAAUUGUAUUGAAGCCGGGAGAGUUACAACUCGCAUACUCCCUCUCAAAAGAUCAACUAUUCUUUACAGACCAUCAAAACUUUUAUACAUUUUCGACUGCUUAAUCAACUAUAAAACUAAUGACUAUGUUCGAACACAUUUUGUACUAUCAACCGGAAAAGGAAUUUGACCACUUGCAAUUUGCAAACAUGUAGAACUCCUUCCGAAGUUUGGAGACUUGACUUGGAUUUGCUAUCUUCCCUUUCCAUACAACAUUGUACAUCUUUCUCGCCAAACAUAACUAAUAGCCAUUAUCCAUAGCAAUCUCACCACAGGUGCUUCAUUACUUUUCUGUACCCAUUUAUGCUUAGCAUAGGGUAAGUGAGAGCUCUAAUAUGAUAAUGAAGGACAAGUACAGACCUUAUUCAAUACUAUCUGCAAUACUGAUGCACUAAAGUAGCAGGUACCAAACAAGUGAUCGCUGCACUCUAAACCCCCUGGGCAUAACACACAACUACCAUCACAAGCAAUCCCCCAGCUAGAAAGUUUAUCCUUAGUUCCUCAAGAUGAUAAACCAUAAUAGCACACUAUGCUUUAGAAUGAAUGGUUUAUCCCAUCUGUUUCAUGGUUGUCAAACGAGGUGAAUGGUUUUUGAACCAUCAUCGAUGUUGUCAAUAACGGUGAAUGGCUCACCGCUCACGUGUAAUGUGGUGAGACACAGAUAUGGGAAGAAAAUCAUAAUCCACACCUCACCGCAUCCGAUGGCCGUGAUACGAGGAUUCUAGUUUUUCUCCCAAAUCUUAUGCCUCACAGCGUCCCGCGUUAGUAAUUCGAGUCCUUAACCGCCUUUAUCGAAUGCGGUGAAUGCACUGCAUUGGACGACUACGAUGAAGGCACUGCCUCCAUGCCUGCAGUCUCCAUCUCCUAUAAAUUCAGACCUCCUCCCCUCAUUUUAGCCACACCACUACACUUCACAAUUCUUUCUGUCUCCCUUCCUCCACUCUAGGAAUUCCAAUGGUUGCGGUUAAGGCCGAUCCUCCACAACAUAAUAAAGUACUUGAGUUAUU